GGAGUCCAUGGUAACUCCACAACAGACAACGGAAUGCUCGCCGUUGCCGUCACCAUGGCCAGUGCUCAUGGAGCUCAACCCUCUCUGUAAGUCUAGUCGAAGCGCCCUCCACCUAUUUCUACUAUUACCGAGCUAUUAUCUUUGUUCCGUCAUCAUAGCGGUGCUACCAGCCAAAGAAGCCGGAAGAAAAAAAUCGGCUCACAGAAACAUCCACAUUGUAAAGGCUUCUUCAAGUCUUCGCAUUAAGUAGCCUGGCCGUGCUCAAGUCCUGCCUCAUGAGUGCCCGUCUUGCAUGAAAGCGUAUGUGAAUAGCGGUCUAAAUUGUCUGUGUAAAAUGCGCCGGCGGAAUCGCGGAAAUAUGUCAUAGCUUAUAGUAGCCGGCUUAUCCCCUAGGUCGCACAGCUAGAUACUCAUAUCCGUGUGUCUAUAAAGCCAUGAGUUAUGAGCGAAGUCGCACUUUACGACAAACCGCUUUUUUGCAUUUAUGUCUUGAGGUCUAAACUAAAUCAGCAAUUAUUUCGGCUACGCGCAAUCAGCUGUCUUGCAGACACCUCGUUCGUGUUAACAAGGCAAAACGAAUCUCCUGCUUAUUCAUGUGUUAUAAAAAUACCUAUUAGAAACAAAACAACUAUUCUUGGUAAAAUGAUAGUUGUCGCUUAACGCAGACCACGACUACGACGACCAUAGAAUCAGCGCAAAGAAGCCAAAGCGAUUCGCCGACAGUUGAGGGCAGUACAACUGCUAAAAUCCAUUAUACGAACGAAACUGACCAUACAGCAGGAACUGAGCUAUUAGUCCAUUUAAAGGGAAGACACGUGCCCAGUAAUGUAGACGAACAGGACGAUUCGGUCUGUCGGAGUCCCGAAUCAACGAUGGGAUGCGUCUGCGGUAGUUUAUGUCAAAAGAGAGCGACCGAUACGGUCGCUGGUGAAGAGCAACCGAAAAAACAAUAUUCGUGGGAGAUGAGUAAAUCAGCUGUUAACCCUAAAGACUUUACAGUCGAGCAGAAGAAAAAUGAGACUGUUAUACGGAAGCCGGGAACUAUCAAUGGACAACAAUUUAUCAUACAAGAUUGUCAGGACAGUUACAUCUUACUGCUCGACCACAUGAAUGUAGUUACUAUUGACGAUUGUAAGAACUGCCAGAUCGUACUGGGACCUACACGCGGUUCCGUUUUUAUACGAAAUUCCGAAAACUGUCGUUUGGUCGCAGCAUGCCAGCAGUUCCGAGCUCGUGAUUGUCUUAAAUUACGAAUCUCACUUUUAUGUACCUCGCAGCCUUCAAUCGAGUUCUGUUCCGCCCUCAAAUUCUCGUGUAUACAGCUCAACUAUCGAGGACUUAAAGAACAAAUGACCGAAGCUCAAUUGAACCCUUUUACGAACUUUUGGUACGAAGUGUACGACUUUACGCCGAGCCAGGUUGUGCACAACUGGACGUACAGCAAGGCUUACAUGAAAGUCUUCAGCGAAGUCGACUCUGAAGAACUAGAUGGCCUGGACAUUACGGAGGAACCCGAGGAAAGCGCCGUGCCAAGAGUCCACGGUACGCGAAAAUGCACUCCAAAGAGCCAUGACAGGGUGUUUAUCUUCAGUGGAAAGGAUUGCGAAGACAAGGCGUUUAAAUGCGUACGAAUGCUCACUGAAAAAGGGCACCAUUUAGUACGAAGUCGCCGGCUUGAAAAGACUGGUGCCAGGGGCUUAGAGCAAGUCCUCGGUGAAGCCUGGUGUGGAGCUCCUAGUGCUCUAGGUGGAGGAACAGGGCACUCGAUUUCGGUUCAAUCCGGUGCCAUCGUUCUACUGCACUUUACCGGGGACUACCUCCCUGCUGACGUUGCCCAACAGAACAACCUUCAUACGUCAUGCGAUCACCGACUCAUAUCAACACUCUUCGUCCAGCCGCCUGCAAAUAACCACACCCAUAGCAAUGGAGGAUACCUUCCUACCACAGCACCUCCUGUUCAAGCUCUGAAAGUGUAGCCCGAACUCUACCGAAUUUGGGCACCGCUAUGAUCGCUAACGAAACUAAGUGGUCUUAAACUUAGCAUUGUUGAAAGCACAAAUCAGAAGUUACAUUCUCAUGAUCAAAAUUUUCCCACAGUUUUUUUUUUGACUAUCAUGUAUCCAAAUCGUUACUAACUUAUUAUUAAGUUUUGUGCUAACUACGUAUAUGUAAUAUGCGAUUAUCCGAGAUAUGCGCUGUUGAUUGAAAUGUUUAGCAAUGUUUACAAAAUACGUUUGAAUAAUAUAUAUACAUAUUAAUCAAGGAGGAAUGGCCGAAAAAACGAAAUUGCGGAAGGCCUUCAUUCUCAUUUAUUAGAAAUCUACUGUUGGAGAUUGUACAGUCGAAUAAACAUAACGAGGAAUACCUUAAUAUAGAUUUUAAGAACACAAAACAUAGAUUUAGUGUAAUUAAGUCAUGCGUUUAAGCAACGUCUCAGUAAAUGCGUAUUACACGUGCGUUUUUCGUGCUUCGUAAAGCAGAGGAUCGAUAAGGAGGAAAUCAGUUCCGUAAUAAAGUGAUAAUAGAAUUUUCGGUCCGUACAUGAGAAAUUGUUCAAUAUGAAGAGCAAUACAUAUAAUUCUCGUUGAUAUACCAUAAAUUGCUAUCCGAGACUUCUCCCAACGCAAUCAGCUUGCUACUAUUAAAACCUAACGAGGUUAAUAUCUCAGACAACUAAUGCACGUGAAAAACACAAACUAGUAAGUUGAAAUUUCGCUUACAUAAACAGUAGCAAAAAAAUUAACACGUGUUAACUGCUUUCCUUUUAAAGUAAAUGGACUGAGUUUUUAUUGCGUGCACAAAUUAAUAUAUGUUUCUAAUAGAUAUUAUGAUUAGCACAAUUCAUAUAAAGACAGAUUUAAUUAUAUAGGUAGACAUAUAUGACACUGUAGAAAGAAUUCAAUUUUUCGAGAAAUUGAAUUCCGAGAUCUACAUAGAACAUUUUAUUUAAAAUAUGAUUGUAAAAUUCCAGGACGGUAUUCCACUGCAUACUAUUACUUUAAUCACCAAAUCGUACGGCCUACAUAGAAAUUGCAUCCCACUACGCAUCAGUUAAGUUUACUAACUAAAAGAUAUGUAUCUGUAUAUAUAUAUAUAUAUAUAUAUAUAUAUACUCGGGCUACUUUAGAUGGAUAGUGUAAGUGCGAUCUGCUGCGAAACAGAUGAAGUAUUUAUGGAAAUCUCUGGCACCCUGCAUUCCGAUCACUAAGUCAGUAAUACUUCUACAGACGGAUUUUUCAUCGGAGUCGGCUAGUCUGAUGUCAUCAGGACCAUAUGUAUUAUACAGGACACACAUAUUCAACCGUAUAAUUCAAGAAUAUUCAAGAAAGCAAAUGUUAAAGUGAAUCGUAUUGUGCAUUGAACGCAACUUUGCUAAUUGCUAGUCAGUAAUGCUGCUAAUUAAUAAAGACGGUCGUUCUUGUUCCUACACGCAAAUCAGAACCUGAUUUUCCUGGCUACGUCAGAUUACUGACA